AUGUCUGCGGCACAGCUGCUAAAUCCAAAGGCGGAAUCACGACGGAGAGGGGAAGCUCUAAGAGUCAAUAUCAGCGCCGGUGAGGGUCUCCAAGACGUGCUCAAAUCGAACCUGGGUCCAUCAGGGACUUUAAAAAUGCUGGUUGAUGGCGCGGGUGCGAUCAAACUUACGAAGGAUGGGAAUGUACUUCUUCGAGAGAUGCAAAUUCAAAAUCCCACUGCCGUUAUGAUUGCGCGUGCGGCUACGGCACAAGACGAUAUUACUGGAGAUGGAACAACAUCAGUGGUUCUUCUAGUUGGCGAGUUGCUUAAACAGGCGGACCGACAUUUAUCUGAAGGACUACACCCUCGAGUGUUGACUGACGGGUACGAAAUCGCUAAAACUGAGGCGCUCAAGUUUCUUGACUCGUUCAAACUUCAUAGAGACAUCGAUAGAGAACUUCUUCUCUCAGUUGCGCGAACUUCGCUUUCCACGAAAUUGAACAGUGCUCUGGCUGAGAAGUUAACCCCUGAUAUUGUCGAUGCGGUUCUUGCCAUUCACAGACCUCUCAACAAGCCUGAUCUUCAUAUGGUUGAAAUCAUGAAAAUGCAACAUCGAACCGCCUCUGAUACUCAGCUUAUUCGCGGUCUAGCCUUGGAUCAUGGGGCGCGUCAUCCGGAUAUGCCGAAACGUGUCGAGAAUGCCUAUAUUUUGACAUUAAACGUCAGUCUGGAAUAUGAAAAGUCUGAGAUCAACUCUGGUUUCUACUACUCCAGUGCUGAGCAGAGAGAUAAGUUGGUUGAAAGUGAACGGAAAUUUGUGGAUGCGAAGCUGCGCAAGAUUGUCCAGCUGAAGAAGCAAGUUUGCGGUGAUGAUCCAAAGAAAGGAUUCGUCGUUAUCAACCAGAAAGGUAUCGAUCCUUUGAGUUUGGAUGUACUUGUCAAGAACGGAAUACUUGCAUUACGCAGAGCAAAGCGUCGAAAUAUGGAACGCCUGCAGUUGGUAUGUGGCGGUACCGCACAGAACAGCGUCGACGAUCUGAAGCCAGAAGAUCUGGGAUGGGCAGGUCUAGUGUACGAACAGCAACUUGGCGAAGAAAAGUUCACAUUUAUCGAGGAGGUUAAGGACCCAAAAUCCGUUACUAUUCUCAUCAAAGGACCGAACCAACACACCAUUACGCAGAUUACUGAAGCCGUUCGUGACGGCCUUCGUUCAGUAUAUAACACAAUCGUUGAUGGCUGUGUUGUCCCAGGAGCCGCCGCGUUCCAAGUCGCAUGCGCUUCUCAUCUGUCUUCCGAAACGUUCAAGAAAACAGUCAAAGGCAAAGCCAAGUAUGGCGUUGAUGCCUUCGCCAACGCCCUUCUCAUUAUCCCCAAAACCCUGGCGGCGAACUCUGGUCACGACAUUCAAGACUCUCUAGCUGCGUUGCAGGACGAGCAAAGCGAAGGGCAUAUCGUUGGACUUAACCUGACGACGGGGCAGCCCAUGGAUCCAGUCCAGGAAGGUGUAUUUGAUUCAUUCAGAGUCCUAAGGAACUGUGUUGCCUCUAGUGCUGGCAUUGCGUCAAACUUACUGCUCUGCGAUGAACUCCUCAAAGCAAGACAAAUGGGAAGGCAGGGCGGCCCGGCUGGAAUGGAUGAGUGA